ACCAGAACGAGCUAGACUGAUAAACGUGAAGUAGUGACUUGUGAACACUGGAUUGUUAACGGUGAACUGUGAUUAGCAUAAAACCAUUGUGAACGUGGCAUUACUACCUGUGUGAACAAUAACGAGAGGAGACAGCGAGAGAGCUAAGUCUGAGCCUUCCUUUUUCGUCCGAGAUAUCACACGUGUGCAGGAAAGGAUUGCUUUAGGAUAUCCUGUCACUCCUCGUCUGUGAGACAAUGAUAACUCACUCCCAGGUGAGGAGACUUUUACGAAAGGUCCGAAGAGGACGUGGUGUCCGAGUGCUGGUCGGCACCAUUUUUGUGAUGACUAUCACUGUCGUUAUCACCCCUCCAAGCUGGCAGCUUCUAGUCUUGUCCAAUACAUUGAAGACAGUUAACGAUAUCAGGGAUACUAUCCUCCGGACCACCCCGCUACCAUGGCAACCUGAAAUGUCCAAACUUCUUCACUUCUAUCGCUACCUGAACAUGUCACAGUCGCAACAAUCCAUGCCGCUGCCUGUGACUUUAGAGGGGAAAUUCCUCCUCAACAAUCUGGAUUUGUGUUCGUCCGGAGAGGAGAGUAUGGAUAGCGUUGACGUACUGUUCAUGGUGCACACGGCACUACUCAACUUCCGGCAACGCGAAGCUCUACGUAGUACUGUAGCAAACCAGUCUUUCUUCUACCCCUUUAAGGUGAGGAUACUGUUUCUACUAGGCCUGCCCGCAAACGACACAAACGGUACGGUACAGAGCCUCAUUGAGUUGGAGCACAAGAAAUAUGGAGACACUCUUCAAGGGGACUUCAUCGACACCUACAGCAACCUGACGCACAAAGGAGUCAUGGGGUACCGCUGGAUCACCCAGUACUGUCCGCACGUGCGACUGGUAGCUAAGAUUGACGAUGACGUGUUCGUCGACACGUUUAAGUUGCUGCACAGGUUCUGGCCAGUGCUCUUCGUCGCCAAAUCUCGGGCCAUCUUCUGCAACGUGUGGCACAACAACACCAUGCCCAUCCUUCGAGAGGGGAAGUGGAAGAUAACUGAAAACGUCAUGCGAAAUUUGAAGUAUUUCCCCUGGGACUAUUGCAGCGGCAUGGCCGUGUUCAUCACCGGAGAUCUCAUUCCAUUUUUGUACCGGGCUGCAUUCCGAACUCCUUUCUUUUGGAUAGACGACGCGUACUUAUUUGGGAUGCUUCCGGGUGUUGUGGGCAACGUGACGUACUACGACAUUGGAUUUUCUAAGAACCUGUCCCUUAACCAUGACGUAGGUUUUAAAUGCAUGAAAACACAAGGUAUCACGUGCCCUUUCGUCGCCGUAGGGUCAAAGUUAGAAACCUUCCCUGAAAUGUGGAACGUGACAUACAACAUUCAUCGAGGGCUUUGGAAACUCGAAACGAAAACAAUUUCAUGAUAUUACAGUAAUCCUUAUUAGAGUAAUUGUACGAAUCAAAGACCCAGAUGUGCCUGUUAGCAUCUCAUAGUGAUUGGUUGUUACUGUGUGGGGUAUUCAGUGCUUGUUUCUAGAUCUGUCAUAUAUAUUUGCCUAUUUAUUUUUGGAAUGACUUAUGGCAUAAUCUAGGCGCCUUCUCCAUUCGUCUUGGUCCACAUAUAAAACUUAAGCCCGGCCACUGGCAUUGUUAGUACUGCACAAUAGUACACAACAAUUUGAACCGCAAGAACUUAUUUUGGAAGUAAAUAAUAGAAGGUGCUCGAUUCCCCCUUCUUCGAAUGUAGCGCCGGAAGCUGCUUGAACCCGAUGCGCGAACAUAACCGGUUUCCGUAGCAGAGGGCCAAGAUUCUUCUCCAUGUAUAACGCACCUUAGUCCCUUCUGUUCAUUUUGACGGCCGAUAGACCCCCGUGAGGAGGCUACCUCCAGUGCUGAAUCUGCGAUAGCCACCCGUCAGAUGAGGGGUAUACCGUGAUGUGCGAAUGUUGUGUGAGUGCAGCCGCGCGAAUGUCUGCCCCACGACAAUUUAUACUAUUUAUAUUUAUAUCUGCGAGUGUCGGGAAUAGGGUAAACUUGUAGCAGGACUGACCGACCCCUCGCUAACACCCUAUACCUUAGCUUAGCGCCAAAUCAGUCCGUUCCUCUUUGUCGUUCCAGGGAAGACGACGGAAGUUCCCAAUGAGAAUUUUCCACCCUAAAAAUUCUAGCUUUCGUUACUCGGGUGCGUCGUCUAGUCUUUUAUCUGCCUCGCGUUGUGUUCUUAUGGUGAUAAGCCGUUGUAGGUGAGUGAGAAGGAAGUUCUUGUCGCCAUCGUUUUGGUCCAAACUGUUUUAGUACGUGCUUUAGCUAUCACAAUACGGAUUUAGUAUUUUUGACAAACAGAAAAUACAAUAAAUAAUGAAAAAAAUAAGUUUCUAUCACAAUCCUUUAUCACGUGUUAACCCGCGGGUCGCCAUUUUGAAAGUAGCGCCUUAAUCUCACGAUCGCGAUGCUAAAUCGUGAUUCGAAAUACCAAAAUGCCAGCUGUCAACACCUGUAUCGAGUGUUUGAGAGGCCAUGUCCAGGUCCGUACUAUCCAUAGUGUCCAAAAAUUGGGAUGAAAGCAUUUUGCGCGGUUUAAGCGAAUUCGCGGAUUAGUGGACCGCGGCCCAUUAGGCCCUACACUGUACAAGCGAUGAGCGCAUGGAUUUCUAUUGGGUUAAAUGCAGAGGUAAAUCAUGCAUGUAAAUUAUGUUCUGUCUUGCUACUGUUGCAAUUUUUCCUUGUGAAAAAGGGGAAAUGUGGAAAGUAUUUUCAGUCGGUUGAAUGGUGGAGAGUGUCAGAUUUGUUUCAGAACGUUUUUAGAAACUGGAUGUGGUGUCGUAUUACUUCUGGUUAUGCGUGUGUAUAGCUUUCUUUUUCUUCUUUCGAUUCGGGUUUCAUAAAAAAAAAACUUUCAUUUGUAUUAUCAACACGUGUAAGUCCUUUCGUUCACCGAGGAUCAGCAGGGAUUAUUUCUCGCCAGGGGCUGCAUGACAUGAACAUAUGAGUAGUGAAACCCAAUCAAUGGACAGUCAAAUCACAGAAAAAGGAAGUUAAGCAAUUGGUAUUGCCAAAGUGUUAAAAGAUGCAGGUAAUUUUAUAACUCCCUUCCUUGUCAAACUUUUAAACUCUAUGAUUAGAUGUCCUGGCCUUAUGAAUGGAUUACAUCUAUUGUUUAUAGUUGUUGACACUUCCAGCUACACAAUAUGCAAAGAAAACAUACAUUAUGCAAACCUCAUGGACCAAAAUACGUAGGGGACUAUUCUAUAAGGGUUUUGGACAUGUCUCGAUGUUUCAAAAGCUAGUCAGGCGUAAGAGAACCUUCAGGUGUUAUUCUCUUUCUAACCGUCAGUCGUACCCAUCGAGAAUGUCCAGAUCACACUAACACCUCCACUGGCUAGCUGCUCCCUCUUGGCUUCUCAAGCUACCAAACUGUGGCGAACCUACAGCUUGACCAAACAGAGCAUGCUAAUUUUUAAGUAAAUAAUUAUGUAUGGCCCGCGAAUGACUUUACAAAUUUAGAAUGGACCUUGGAGGAAAAAAGGUUCUUACGUCUAAGAUUUUCUGAGCUAAAAUGCAUGUACCAGCUGACAGAGCAAAUAUUUGGUAGUCAAUAAGACUUCUGGUAAACAACUACAACUGGCGUAAACAAAUGUUUUCACGUCCCCCAAGAUAUAUCGAUGGAAUGUUACUUUGUCUCGGCAAAACAAACUGUUUUCCUGCGAGGCGCUUGUGAUGAUUAGCUGCAUGUGUCGCUCGUGGAAAGCUGACGAACGAAAGUUUUGUGUGCGAUCAAUAUUGAUGAUGCAGGUAUAUGUAACAUGAGGUAUACAUGCACCUGGGGAUCAAACCGAUUUCUUACAAAAGAAUAUACCGCCUUUGCUAGGAGCUGCAACACUGUCGCGCUAUUCUCACGUGAUGAACACGCUGUCGUCUCGGUUGGGAUGUGGGAGAUGUAGCAACGUCAAGACAUUUACUUCGAACACGGGGUGCGAGAGUCGCAUACUCACCCGAGGACUUGAACAUUUGGCAUUGUCAACAGAAGGGUAGGUGUUUAUGAUAUCGUGCUGGCUAGAAAGAUUUUAUACCGUGCUUCUUUGGUGUGUGUGUACGCGAGCGUGAGUGCGCGAAAAAGAGUAGGCAUGAAAGAUUUCACCAAAAUUCUGUUGAGCGGGAGAUUUUACGCAAAUUUAAAUAUUUUAAGACAUCACUUACGUGAACUUUGGCGCGAGGGGGAGGGGAUCGUCUUUUUAAGCAAAAUGAUGGCUGCUACCACAACCGCAAUCUUUAAACCCAACAGAAGAUUUUAUGCUUUAUUUAUUUCGUUUACCGCCUUGUGAAAAAUUUUUGGUCUCGCUAUUCUUUGUUUUAAAGUAAUUUUGAAUAAUUUGACCUAUUGAAUAUCAUGAAAAACGACCAUAUCCACUUCCCUAUCUUUGGUAGACCCAUAUACAACGUGAUUUGCAGACGACAUUGACCUCAUAGAGAGAAGUAGCAUAAAUUUAAAUAUCUCGCCAAGAGACUGGCAGAACACCCAGGGUUGUCCAUGGGACAUAUUUUUCUAUCCCAUCCCAUCCUAUGACAAUUUAUGCCUGUCCCAUCCCAUCCCAUCCCAUGGGACGUUUCCUAUGGGAUUCCCAUGGUAAUAACAUUCCUAUGGACAACACUGAGAAUACCGAAGACAAGAGGAGACAAAGCAAGUCGUGGCCACCAUCAAGUACCCCCAAAUACUGCCUGUCCACUUCUCUCGUGGUUCCCCGCUACUUGACGGGUAAAAGCAUCUCUGCUUUCUGACCCACACAAAGAAUCCAAACAUUUUAAACAAUUUUCCAAAGAAAACUCAGAAAGCCAUGAGAUAAAUGUAUAGAUGUGUAUACAUGUAUGUAUUUAUGUGUUUUCAAUAUAUCAGUCUGUUAGAUAAAGUGUAUAGAUAUGUUUACUGUUGCUAAGGUCCUGGAUUAAAAGAAAAGAUGAAAGAAAGCGGAUCAAGGUGACGUGUGACUUUGUAGAUUUAACUAUUUUUGUGUAUGUUUUAUCUUAGGAAAAAAACACUGCAUAUAACAGAAAACUAAUCGAAUUAAAGCAAAACCGAUGGGUUAUAAUGCAACACAUAUAAGUAUUUUGACAAAAGCAAGUGCAGUAUAUACAUAAAUACGGAAGGAGCAAUUCAAACCGGUUUAAGUGCCAGGUAAUGUUAUUACACGAUGUCACAGAAUCUCACGUGAGCCCUCUAUACUCCCACAGUCGCCCGGACAUUUGCACGUUCUAUUUUUCAUUUGUAAGCAGAACAUUUUUGCAGGCCCUGUCUAAUAUUUAUUAAUUAAUUAUGGAAAUAACUAUGUUACAUUAAUCAAUAGCCAGGCCCAAACACCGUGUCUCCCUGGGAAGCGAAGCGCUGGCUGGUGAUGGUUUAUUGUCUUUCCCCCCUUCAAGAAUCCUCCCUCUAAAACAAAACAAAAAACAAACAAACAAACAAAAACCCACCUAUUUCUCACUUAACAGGUGCGGCUCGGCACCUGCGCCGUACUGGCUCGUCAACUUCAUGUCAUCCUUCUGUGACACACGAUGCGUCAUUUUGAAAUAAAAAAGUAUCGGACAGAGGAUCAAUAUAAUAAAUAUUGUAUUAUCUAAA